AGUAUAGAGCAGCAGAGUCUCUCAGCCCAUCCUUCCCCCCCUCGCACCCAGCUCUCACGCGCCGCUUCGAGGGCAGAAUAAGCUGCAUUAUCAACCAAUCCUACAUCUCCAAAAUCCCUCCCCUCAUGCGACCAACGCUAACGCCCGCAUGCUCCCACCACCACCACCAUCCCGAUCCUCACUUACUACUCAUGGUUUGCCUCAAGCAGACGGGGGACGUCUCGCACUAUUCCCGGAUUUCAAAAUGAUCAUCCCGAAAGUAGAAACUAAACCAAAGCAAAAACCCCCCAUGCUGGUAGGUCAGAAAAACAAACCAUGAUGAAACUCUGGUCACUCACCCACUUUUCUCGCAUCUCAAUGGUCAAUAUUCAAAUACCACUAACAAUCCCGAGAGUCCUACUUUGCAUUUGCAGUUCAGUGCCAAAAACCAAAACUACGACUCUGACCAACGGAAACAAGUCACACACGCACUCGCACUCACACAUACCUCGGAAACCGGGAACGAUCAUGUACCCUCUCGCCCUCCACUCUCCACACCUUGCAUCACCCAAGCCACAACCCCAUCGGACCUUACAAUGCCCAUCUUAUCACGUACACUCCCAACGCGAGAACCAAUGGAUGGCCUUAUUCGCCUCUGCGUUUAGCAUGAUUUCCCUGUACCGAGAAGUGACCAAAAAACGGUUGAUCGUCUUAGUAGAACCGUUGCUGUAUGGCACGGUACCCUGCCAUCGCCCCCCCCCCCUUCUCGGUAAGGAACCCACCUAUUUACCCAGGAACUUACACUACCAUACUAGGUACUCAGCCUCUUUCCUUGGUCCGCAUUGCGUGUUGCCUAGCCAGUUUCCUCCCUCUCUCAAAUAUUGACCGAGAAUCCCUCCCCAUGCGUCAAGAGUUUCCCGCGCUCCUCGCGGAUCGGAUCAACCGAUCAGCGACGCACGAGGGACGAUGACUCCUUGCUAGUCUUUCACCUCAACCUCACUUGGGGCCGGUGGGGGCAUCGAGAAGCAA